AUGACACGAAACGAAAGAGAAGCUCGAUUGCAACGUAUUUGCAACUUCUAUAUUGACUCUUCAAAUAACUCUGUAAAAACUACGGUAAAUUGUUUCAAAAAACAAAAUAUUCCACAAACAACGAUUUAUAAUAUUUUACGGAAGUAUCAUCAACAUGGAACCACGAAAUAUCUGCCAAAAAGUGAUCGACCCUACAAGAUUUCAGUUAAACAAUUGGAUGGUCUUGUUAAAUCUGUGAAUAAUUGGUGUGGUCUCAGUCAACGAAAAUUAGGACGACGGUUUAGGGUACAUCAUUCAACUAUUUCACGUACCUUGAGAAAAAGAACAUCGGUCGUCAUUAGAAAGCGUCGAAAAGCUCCGAAAAUGUACAGCGAAGAUCAAGAAAAUCGAGCAAGAAAAAAUUGUGGAAAAAUGUAUCACAAAUUGUUAAGUGGUUGUGAUGUAAUUUUGGAUGAUGAAAAAUACUUCAAAUUAAACGGCAACAAUGUUGGUGGCAAUACAUUUUUUUAUUCGACUAACCCAGUUACGAGUCCUCCAAACAUUAAAUUUCAAAAGAGAAAAAAAAUUGAACCAAAAUUAACAACUUGGAUGGCUAUGUCCUCGAAAUGGGUUUCUGAUGUGUACAUCCACAGAAGUAAACAAGCUGUUCUUCAAACCACCUAUUUGAACGAGUGUGUUAACAAAAGACUACUUCCUUUUAUCGAAAAGUAUCAUCAUAAUGGAAAUUAUCUCUUCUGGCCCGAUUUGGCGAGUGCUCAUUAUUCAAAUCUUGUAAAAGAACGUUUGCAGGAGAAAAACGCACCAUUCGUUGCUCGUCAGGAUAAUCCUCCAAAAGUUCCUCAGGCUCGUCCAAUUGAAACAGUUUGGGCUUUACUCGAACGAAACGUAUAUGAAAAUAAUUGA